AUGGAAAAUGGUGAACUGAGAGCUGCAAGUGCACGCAUAGGGAGCUCCAGUGUGUGGAGAAGCAGUGGUGUUGAUGUGUUUUCAGGGUCUUCAAGAAGGGAUGAUGAUGAACAAGAGCUUAAAUGGGCUGCUAUUGAGAAACUUCCCACGUAUCUACGCAUGACCAGGGGAAUUCUCACCGAGGCUGAAGGCCAGCCUCCUAAAGAGAUUUGUAUAAACAAACUUGGUCCACUUCAGAGGAAGAACUUGGUGGAGAGGCUCGUCAAGAUUGCAGAACAAGAUAAUGAGAAGUUCUUGUUCAAGUUAAGAGACCGCAUUGAUCGUGUUGGACUUGAAAUUCCCACUAUUGAAGUUCGUUUUGAGCACUUGAAUGUUGAGGCAGAAGCUCAUGUGGGAAGCAGGGCACUACCAACAAUCUUUAACUUCUGCAUUAAUUUGUUGGAGGGGUUCCUCAAUUCUCUUCACCUUAUUCCCAGUCGAAAGAAGCCAUUCACAGUUCUUGAUGAUGUCAGUGGAAUCAUCAAGCCUAAAAGAAUGACACUUCUUUUAGGCCCUCCAAGCUCCGGAAAGACAACAUUAUUGUUGGCACUGGCUGGAAGACUUGGUAAAGAUCUAAAAUUUUCGGGGAGAGUUUCGUAUAAUGGUAGAGGGAUGGAGGAAUUUGUGCCUCAGAGAACAUCAGCUUACAUAAGUCAAACUGAUCUACACAUAGGAGAAAUGACAGUCAGAGAAACAUUGGCCUUUUCAGCAAGAUGUCAAGGGAUUGGAACCCGUUAUGAGAUGCUGGCAGAAUUGUCAAGAAGAGAAAAGGCUGAAAACAUUAAGCCAGAUCCUGAUCUUGAUAUUUAUAUGAAGGCAGCAGCACUAGAAGGCCAAGAAACCAAUGUGGUUACAGAUUAUAUAAUGAAGAUUUUGGGACUAGAAGUUUGUGCGGAUACCAUGGUAGGGGAUGACAUGAUUCGGGGUAUUUCUGGCGGACAGAAGAAGAGAGUCACAACUGGUGAGAUGCUAGUUGGACCAGCAAGAGCACUUUUCAUGGAUGAAAUUUCAACUGGUUUAGACAGUUCUACCACAUUCCAAAUGGUUAAUUCUCUAAGACAAUCUAUCCACAUUCUGAAUGGAACAGCUGUGAUCUCUCUUCUCCAGCCAGCACCAGAAACUUACGAGUUAUUUGAUGAUAUAAUUCUCCUCUCAGAUGGGCAAAUUGUGUAUCAGGGUCCAAGGGAAAAUGUUCUUGAGUUCUUUGAAUACAUGGGGUUCAAAUGUCCAGAGAGGAAAGGAGUAGCAGAUUUUUUACAAGAAGUAACAUCAAGAAAAGACCAAGAACAAUAUUGGGCAAAUAAAGAUGAGCCAUACAUCUUCGUCACUGUUAGAGAGUUUGCUGAGGCAUUCCAGUCAUUUCACAUUGGUCGAAAACUUGGUGAUGAACUUGCCACCCCAUUUGACAUGUCCAAAGGCCAACCUGUUGUGUUAACAAAAAACAAAUAUGGUGUUAGCAAGAAGGAGCUUUUGAAAGCUUGCGUGUCCAGAGAAUUCUUACUUAUGAAAAGGAAUUCGUUUGUCUAUAUUUUCAAGAUGUGGCAGCUGAUUUUAACGGGGUUCAUAACAAUGACGUUGUUCCUGAGAACUGAAAUGCACCGGGAUACAGAAACUGAUGGUGGUAUCUUUAUGGGUGCUUUGUUCUUCGUACUAAUUGUGAUUAUGUUCAAUGGAUACUCCGAACUAUCCAUGUCCAUCAUGAAACUCCCUGUUUUCUAUAAGCAAAGGGACCUUCUCUUUUUUCCUUCUUGGGCAUAUUCUCUACCUACAUGGAUCCUUAAGAUUCCCAUCACCUUAGUGGAAGUUGGUAUUUGGGUCGUGAUGACGUACUAUGUUAUAGGAUUUGAUCCUAGUAUAGAAAGGUUCAUCAAGCAGUACUUUUUGCUUGUUUGUAUCAACCAAAUGGCAUCUGGACUUUUUCGAUUUAUGGGAGCCGUUGGGAGGAACAUAAUUGUUGCAAACACAGUUGGGUCAUUUGCUUUACUUGCAGUUAUGGUCAUGGGAGGAUUUAUCCUAUCCAGAGUUGAUGUGAAGAAGUGGUGGUUGUGGGGUUACUGGUUCUCGCCCAUGAUGUAUGGACAGAAUGCUCUGGCUGUGAAUGAAUUCCUUGGAAAGAGUUGGUCACAUGUUCCGCCUAAUUCAACAGAACCAUUAGGAGUAACGGUGUUGAAGGCACGUGGGAUUUUCCCUGAAGCAUACUGGUAUUGGAUUGGGGUUGGAGCUUCCAUUGGAUACAUGUUACUGUUCAACUUCCUUUUCCCCUUGGCCUUACAUUAUCUUGACCCAUUUGGUAGACCCCAAGCUUUAAUAUCAGAAGAAGCCUUGGCUGAGAGAAAUGCCGGCAGAAACGAACACAUCAUUGAAUUAUCGUCUAGAUUUGAAGGCUCUUCUGAUAAAGGAAAUGAAAAUCGUAAAAGUGUGUCCUCCAGAACACUGUCAGCAAGAGUGGGCAGCAUUGGUGCAAGUGAACACAACACGAAGCGAGGGAUGGUUCUUCCUUUCACACCCCUUUCUAUUACUUUUGAUGAAAUCAGAUAUGCGGUGGAGAUGCCACAGGAAAUGAAGAACCAAGGCAUUCUUGAAGAUCGACUUGAACUGUUGAAGGGUGUUAACGGAGCUUUUAGACCGGGAGUUCUGACGGCUCUAAUGGGUGUAAGUGGGGCUGGUAAAACAACUUUAAUGGAUGUGUUAUCUGGAAGGAAAACAGCAGGUUAUAUUCAAGGGCAAAUCACUAUAUCCGGUUACCCUAAAAAGCAAGAAACGUUUGCUCGGAUAGCAGGAUACUGUGAGCAGACUGAUAUCCACUCUCCCCAUGUUACAGUCUAUGAGUCUUUGGUUUAUUCUGCAUGGCUUCGGUUACCACCUGAGGUUGAUUCUGCAACUAGACAGAUGUUCAUUGAGGAAGUUAUGGAGCUGGUAGAGCUGACUUCAUUAAGAGAAGCCUUGGUGGGAUUGCCUGGAGUGAAUGGUCUGUCCACGGAGCAGCGCAAGAGGUUAACAAUUGCAGUUGAACUUGUUGCCAAUCCAUCAAUUAUAUUCAUGGAUGAACCUACCUCUGGCCUUGAUGCCAGAGCUGCUGCUAUAGUUAUGAGAACAGUGAGGAAUACAGUGGAUACUGGGAGAACCGUGGUCUGCACAAUCCACCAGCCUAGCAUUGAUAUAUUUGAUGCUUUUGAUGAGCUACUUCUGUUGAAGCGUGGAGGUGAGGAAAUAUAUGUGGGGCCUUUAGGCCAGCAUUGUUCUCAACUGAUCAGUUACUUUGAGGGAAUUAAUGGGGUGCCAAAAAUUAAGAAUGGCUAUAAUCCUGCCACGUGGAUGUUGGAGGUUACUUCAGAAGCACAAGAAGCAGCUCUUGAAGUUAACUUCACUGAAAUAUACAAGAAUUCCGACCUAUAUAGGAGAAACAAGGCCUUGAUCAGGGAACUUAGCACACCUCCGGCAGGUUCCAAAGACUUGUACUUCCCCACGAAGUACUCACAGACUUUAUUCACUCAAUGCAUGGCUUGCCUUUGGAAACAACACCUGUCAUACUGGCGAAAUCCCCCGUAUAGUGCAGUGAGACUUUUAUUCACAACAAUCAUAGCCUUACUGUUUGGGACAAUAUUUUGGGAUAUUGGCUCCAAAAGGCAAAGAAAACAAGAUCUAUUUAAUGCAAUGGGGUCCAUGUAUGCAGCAGUCCUAUUCAUUGGGAUACAAAAUGCUACAUCCGUGCAACCUGUUGUAGCCAUUGAGAGAACAGUCUUCUAUAGAGAAAGAGCUGCUGGAAUGUACUCAGCUUUACCAUACGCAUUUGGACAGGUUGCUAUUGAGAUCCCAUACAUACUCAUACAGACCCUGGUGUAUGGGGUCAUAGUGUAUGCUAUGGUUGGGUUUGAUUGGACGCUCAGCAAGUUCUUUUGGUAUCUCUUCUUCAUGUUCUUCACUUUUUUAUACUUCACCUUCUAUGGCAUGAUGGCUGUGGGUCUUACCCCGGAUCACAACGUUGCUGCUAUAGUUUCCUUUGGGUUCUACAUGAUAUGGAACCUCUUCUCAGGAUUUGUCAUUCCAAGAACAAGGAUGCCAGUGUGGUGGAGAUGGUACUUCUGGAUCUGUCCUGUGUCUUGGACCUUGUAUGGAUUGGUUACUUCACAAUUUGGUGAUACAAAAGACCGUAUAGAGACUGGAGAGACCGUGGAAGAGUUUGUUAGGAGUUAUUUUGGGUAUAGAGAGGACUUUGUAGGUGUAGCUGCUGCUGUGCUUGUUGGGUUUUCACUACUUUUUGGAUUUACCUUUGCCUUCUCAAUCAAGGCAUUCAAUUUCCAAAAGAGAUGA